AUGAGGUACAGCAAAGUUUGUGUCGGAUCCCUCAUUUCCGACAGCGUGAUUCUCAUCACUGCUGACUGUCUUUUCAAAGACUUGAGCAGUUUCAACAUUACCAUUGGGGCCGUUGAUUACAACAAUUACCAAGCAGAACAUGUUGAAUUCGUUGACUUGUAUGGAUAUAGCUACGUUUUUCAUGAAGAUUACGACAGCGUAUCUGGCGCGAAUGACAUAGCUGCCUUGAUUUUGAAAACCCCAAUUAAAAAUCCAAAAAUCAAGCCGAUACGCUUGCCAUCCAAAUCCCAAAUCAACGAUUUCCUAAAUCGCACUGAAAUCACAAUCCUAGGCUGGGGAGGAGAAACUGGUCGUACUGAACCGAAUCUCCAACAUGCGGACACCUUCACUUUAAAUUUCCUCGACUGCCAGUUUUUGCAUGGCUCAUUACACGUGACUGACGAAAACCUGUGCUUAGACAACACGGUUCCAGGAUCACCGACGGCGUGCUACGAUGGUGACAAUGGCAGCCCAAUGAUUACCAAGGAAAAAGAUGGACAGUAUACCCUGAUCGGUUUCAUGAUCAAAUGGUUUGUGGGUUCUGAGGAGGUUGGUGUUUGUAACUCUCACAUCCCUGUAAUUUACAUGCGCGUGGCCGCUUACCUAGAUUGGUUAGCGGCAAAUACCGGAAUUGAGAUAAGGCCAUGA